UUGCUUUAUUCUAUUUUAUUUGUUAACAGAUACUACGAGACCGGAAGUAUUCGACCCGGAGUCAUUGGCGGGUCAAAACCGAAGGUUGCCACCCCUCAGGUAGUCGAUGCAAUUCACCAAUACAAGACCGACAAUCCGACAAUGUUCGCCUGGGAAAUCCGUGAGCGAUUACUCCGAGAUGGUAUUUGUACCAGCGAUAUCCUUCCAUCCGUCUCCUCUAUCAACAGAAUAGUUAGAAAUAAGGAAACUCGAUACCUGCUUGACCAAGGCGAGAAGCCCCAAUCUACCGACAGUUUACGAGAGACGACGCGUCGCAGUAACGAAAAUAACAAGCUGCAAACCACAACACUCAACUGCUACGAUCAAAUAUCCCCCGCUGCCAUCUCCAGGGCCGAUAUGCGCACCACCACUACCGCCGCCAUGGUGGGUCGACAAAACAGUCUAAAACGCCUACAGUCCCCCUCGGUGGGCACACCGCCCUCCACCUCCUCCCUGCUGGACCACGAGUACGGUGUCGGUACCAAGACGACAAAAAUCCUCGAAGAACGCUAUUUGGCGGCGGAG